CCGGUUUCCUCAAGGUGAACAUGAGGAACAGUGUACGUGUCUUACCUUCCUUAGGUAAGCGAGGUAGUAGAUAAAUCUGGGGUUCGUUAUCAGACCCUUCGCAUCUUAUCGUCAUGUGAUCCGGUCGGAUCCGAAUGCACGGUGCCCGCGCCUCGACGCGCCCGUUCCGGAUUUUUUCCAAAGCCGUGGCCUUCCGGUACCCGUUCACGAACUCAACCCGUACCUUGCCUCAGCCAUCGACCGAAACGACAGGAGACUGGGCUCCGAACCCCGACCGAAUCGAUCGCCUCACCCCAUUCUUCCCCUUACCCACACCAUGCCACUGGUCGACCCCGUGACAAUGUCAGCGCCAGCAUCAUCAAAAGCCGCCUCCGACGCGGGCAAGCCAAAGGACAACGUAUUACAUCCUGUCCAGGCCCUGGCGAGUCCUGCCGCGCAGGUCGUCCGACACCUUCAGCCGGUGCUCAUCUCCGGCCUCUUCCUCGCGCAGUUCAGCUCCCUGGUGACCGACCCCGUGCGAACUCUCCAAAACUCGCUCCCCAUCGUUGUCGCGAUCCAGGUCGUCUACGCCUUUGUCAGUCUGCCGGCAGCCGGAUCGCAAAGCGCGAGGCCGUCGAGGAAGCCUCGGCCAGGCGAGAAGAAAAAGGUUGAGAGCACGGGGCCGAAUAUUCUCGUUGCUAUAUUCCUUUCCCUCCUCCUCGCUGUCCUCGUUACGCCAGCCAUCCACGUUGUCCUCGUCCUCUUCGGCGCCCCCUUUUUGACGCAUGUACCGCAUACCCUGCUCUGCUCCGCCAACGUCGCCAUUCUCUCGCUCUUCCCGCUCUUCUACAUUCAUGGAGUCGAUGCGAGCACCUGGGCGGCUCUCGCCAGUGCGGCGGCACCGCUGGACGAGGCAUACGGCGGUCUCGUAGGAGGACUGUUGGGCGCGUGGCUCGGUGCGGUGCCCAUUCCGCUCGACUGGGAUCGUGAGUGGCAGAAGUGGCCCGUCACUAUUGUCUGCGGCCUCUACGCUGGAUACAUUUUAGGCAAGACGAUUGGCGGCACAUUGGCAUUUGGCAGGAAAAUGGCUCCCUCGGCGCACGACGACGAAUGAACUCCUAUGACACUUAAACCAAGUCGACCCUACAAAAUUAUUUCUUAACAAACCGUAGCUGGAAUAGCUUGCGGAAACACGGCACCGGUGGCGCCAAUAACUGUCCAGCGAAAGUACGGACUUCGCUGCCUUGGUAUAAACUCCAAGCCUGCCGUGUCAUGUCCAAUGCUGAACCAACCAUGGCUGGUGGGCAGUAGCCUCAGACGUGCAUGUCUAGGCAGUUUGGCAGUCUGGGAUUGCCUAUGAGAGCUAGUCCAUCACUGUUGGCCAGACCUGGCUUUCGUGGGGAAACCGAUGUAUAGUAGCAGAGUCGAUUGCCAAUGAGGUCGCUUGGCCCGGCCGAAACAAGAAAUAAACAUGUUAAUAAUAGCCUCGGGCCUGGGAAGUCAACGGACACGCGAAUGUGACACUACAUCAUCGGCUCCUUGAGCCUCAAGCGUGCGCAAGUGUGGCGUUGGUUGCGACGAAAUCGCAAUAAUUGUUCAAGGCACGCAACAUCCGUCGUGGCAUACCUCACAAUU